AUGAAUACGCACAAGGGCCUGUUCUGCUAUAACCGUCUUCCGUUUGGAGUUGCCCCGGCUCCCGCGAUUUUUCAGCGCCGCAUGGAAACGGUCCUGGCUGGCCUUCCAGCCGUGCAGGUGUACUUGGACGAUGUACUAAUAGCCGAGCGUCAAGACGGUAACGACUCUGUUCUUCGGAACGUCUUACACCGUCUGCAGGAAAACUGUGUCAAGCAGAAGGCAGAAAAGUGUCACAUCCGUAAAGACUCAAUCGUCUACUUGGGGCACCGGAUCGACAAAGACGGCUUGCACCCGUUGGAAAAGAACCUCGCUGCGCUCGUUUUUAGGUCUGCUGUCACUGGAACUGUCGAGCGCCGAAGGUCUGCUCUACUGGGGUCAUCGAGUCAUCAUACCCAGCAAGGCUCGGGAGCCCAUGCUAUCAGAGUUACGCCGGUCACACCAGGGAGCAUCGGGGAUGAAAAGACUGACUCGGACGUUGUUCUGGUGGCCAGGGUUGGAUGCCUUCCAGAUUCCAGCCCGGAGACCCGGUGUGGGUGCGCAACUUUGGACACGGAAGGAGGUGGUGCCCAGGUGUCAUCAGAGGCUCUGAAGGUUCGCGCCUCGUGA